AUGACUCGCACUCAGUGCUGGUAUGCAAGAUUCAAUAAGGUUUCGCACUUCAACUUGAGGUGCAAGAAUUGGUGUCAAGUUCAAUUUAGAGGAUCUCAGAAGCUGUUUGGUCACUGUAGUGAGAAUUCAGAUUACUCAUCACCUGACUGGACCAAUGUAGAUCAAGACAAAGACGGUCGCGCCCCCCCUCGCGAAACCCUCUCCUCCCUCUCUUCCUCUUCACCACCCAACCACCACCCAACCACCACCACCGGCCACCACCGCCCUCACCGACCACCUAGAAACCACUGCCACGCCACCCCCUUCCUCCUUCCCCCUCUUCCUUCUUCCCCUCUCUCCUCUUCUCCCUCCACCGCCGCUGCCCCCUCCACGAUCGCCGCCCACCACCACCCUCAGCCCCCGUCCCAAACCUUCCCCCCAUUCCCCCUAACCUUACCGAAGCCCCUGCCCCCUAACCAGCCGCCACCGCCGACGUGUCUCCCUCCUCCACCGCGACACCCGCCACCACCGCCACCCCCAGCCGCCUCUCUGCCCCAAUCUCCGUCAUUAGCCUACCAGCUCCCACCCAAGUCCGAUCAGCCUGAUGGUUACAAAAAGGCUGAGGAGGACAUGCGUUUCUUGAAGUUUGAUUGGGAUGCUGUCAAGGCAAGGAUAGCCCUUGACCCGACUGUUCCGUGGAAAAUGGGUCAGGAUACCACCAUGCCUAAGGGAAUCAAGCGGAUUUACUUAAAUGAUGAGGCUCGGCUAUGGCACCAGAUCUUGAGCAACUAUGUUAUGCUGAGUACCCAUGAGACAGAGAUACCGGUCCACGUCCGAGGCACUCUUCCCUUUCCCUAUUUGGUUACGCAGCUGGGCCGUCGAGCUGACGUGCCUUGGGAGGAUGCCGAUGAGAAGCCACCAGCUGCAGACCGUCGAAAGAUUAUUCCUCACAUUAGGAGCUUUCUAGUUUUGGGCUACAGACCCCCACCCUUCACUGCUACUGAUGAGACAGCCACAACAUCUGCUGGUCCUUCUUCUUCCACAGCUACCCCUGCUACCACUACUGCACCUCCACCUGCCUCAGAGCCAUUUUAUCACCUUGUGCACCGCCUGCGAUGCUAUGAGCACUUGAAGCUGUUGAUUCGAUCUGGCGGCGACAUCCCCUCCGAGCCUGACACACCAUCAGACCCAUCUGAGGAGGAGGCGGAUGAGCACGAGGAGGAGCCGGCACCCCCUCAGGCUGCACAGGCAGGCACCGAGCAGGCUGCACCACAGCAGGAGGUCCCACAUCAGAUCCAGGCUGCAGAUCCCGAGAUUCCCAUUCAGUCAGCACCUCCUCUGCAGCAGACAGAUCCCCAGACCACCACCACAGAGACCCCAGCUAUCCACCCUACCAGUGAUGACACCCCUUCACACCCAACUUGA